ACACCAAGAUGGCGGCGGUGGCUGCUGUAAUCAGGGCAGAAACAACGGGUUCUGUAGCCUCAAGCUUUGAGCAAACUCUUCCCAAAGCAAAAGAAAAACAAAAAGAAAAGGUUAAGGAAACCUCAGAUCCUCUCAAAGUCCUAGAUCCUGUAAGAAAAAAGCUCACAUCAGUCGAAGCUCAACGUGUGAUAGCAGUUGUUGAUGACUCGAUCAAGAGAUUGGAAUUAGUCUCCCUGUUGCCAUAUAUCAUCGAAAACUUAAACCGUUUUUCGGUCGUCCUUGGAUCCGAUCUGGUACAAGUUUUGGAAGAGCAUGAUCGCAUUCAGUCGUCUUACCAAACAGCAAUUUCUAAAUUCUCACUCGACCAAAGGCGCAGUCGAUCGGCUACUCCGACGGCAUCGCACGUUUCAUCGCGUCGCUCCAGUGAAGCUUCGCAAGCUAUAUCAGAGGACGAACAGGGAAUACCUAGCGUAUCAGGUACUUUGCCGGAGAGCAGGGCAAGUUCUGCUGGCAGCAGGAAAUCCUUCACCCAGAAACCAAGUCAACUGAGCCCGCUGCAAACCAGCAACGAUCAAAGUGUGGACCUCAAAGUUGUCGAUGCCCUUAGCACCCAGAUGAAGUAUUCUGUUAAAACCAUUCUCAGGUUGUUUGCCUCAAAUCCAGCCGCCGUAAACGCACUUAAAGAUCUGAGAAACGAGCGAUCGGUGGAAGGAAAUACAAUGAUCGACGAAAUGACCACGUUGAGGGCGAUCCUAUUUGAGCGAUUAUUGACAACACCAAGCGAAGAGAAAGAGAGGAAACAGUAUUUGAAACAGAUUGUCGCUAGAGAAAUGAAAUCCAGUGAGACAGGCAGAAAACUUCAGGAUGAACUGAAAAGAGCCAUUGAUGAUAAAGAAAACGAGAUUUCCAAGAGAAAUGACAUCAUUCGUAGACUGAAAAAUGACAUCUACAAUGUAGAGAAAAAUGCGGAAGAGCAAAAUCGUAGGGUCAUUACCGAGGCAGCCAAGCAAGAUGCAUCAGAAAUGAAGAAUUCUGACAGCAAGAAAAGCAAACUGCAACAAGAAAGCAUAGAGUUAAAAAAGAAACUUGAAAGCGACACACUCACUCAUAGAGAGAGUGAGCUGGCUUUGAGAAAGCGAAAGUACAAGAUUGAAACUGAAGUUGAGAAUUGGAUACAGAAGUAUGAUACAGAUAUGGGAGAAAGACAAGAUGAAUUUGAUGCCCUAGACACGAUCUACACGGAGGAGAAAAGGCAGCUAAAUGAACUCGAGGAGCGUUUCAAGACCCUGGAGAAAGAGUACUUGGAAAUCGUGGAAGCGAGAAGAAUUGCAAAAGAGAAGGCCGAAGCUGCUGAAAGAGAGCUGAAUUUGAAAAUACGAGCGGCGAGAUUAAUACAGUCUCUUUGGCGAGCGCAUAGAGCCAGAAAACAGCUCAACAAAAAGAAAAAGGGAAAGAAAGGCAAAAAAGGAAAGAAAAGUGGAGGAAAGAAGAAAAAAAGAUAAACUUCUCCAUGAGGUUGAACAAAACAAAAGCCAUCUUAUGUAAGAAAAGCCUACAGAACGCUGAACUAAAGUUAGCCGAGUAGAUUUCUCCUAUUAUCCAACUGCUCUUCUUUCUGUUGAGUCUUUCUGCCCGUUUCUCAUGAGGCGGGAAAAGCAAAACGGAUACAGAGGCGUAGCGCGCGCAGCCGACUGGUUAAACAUGUUUUUUUUUACAGUCCAAAAUAAUCAAUUGUUCAAUAUCGCAGGAUAUUUGUGCUCUAUUCGCGCGUUAUUUGUACUUUACUUUGUGCAGUUGGAUAAUAACUAUGACUACUCGCUCCUCCGAUCCAAAACUAUGAAUUUUUAUUGGCAGCCUUGUACGUCUUUUACAUGGAAUGUGAGCUCUAUAGAGAGCCGCUGCUCUGGAAAUGAGCCUACUCCUCUCUUGAAGAGUCGUCCCGGGGAAGAAAGAAGACAACUGUAGAGAGCGGCGAGAUCCUAGCCCGCAUAUAAUGUCGGGAACUUGCUUAACUCUAGUAAAAUUGGUUUUCUUAUGACAAAUACGAACUUGCGAAAAAUCGUCAAGUUUAUUGCUCGUUAAUUUUAAAGAGGGGGCAUGGAGGUUCAUUAAAAACCUUAAAAGCGUAGUAAAAAUCAUCCAAAACCGCAAAAAAAAUCGAUCAAAACCGAAAACCGCGUUCAAACCGUCGUAACCGAUUAACUUUCACGACCCAGUUAUCAAAAUCCUAAUCGAUCCGAUACAGUCAGUGACAAGUGGAGCAUCAUGACGGAGGUUUCGCGGCUAUUCGAGAUCAGUGGAAGCGCAUAAUUGCCGCUCAGAUCGAGGUGAAACCGGAACCCAAAUAGGAUAAAAAACUUCUUUUAAAAAAGCUAAAAUCUCGAAACCGAAAACCCCAAUGCCCCCCCCUCUAUAAAAGUCACCGUAAGAUUUGUGCAAAUAUUGUAAAUAUGUAAUUAAGGACGAACAUUUACGGCGAAAAACUGAUUUUUUUGUUCAGAAGAAACUUUUGUACAGGUUAGUUGUGUUACACUUUUAAUGGGAAUUCUUGUCAGUGAUGUAACUUAAAUUAUUAUCCACCUAACCCAUGUUACUUGCGCUAUACAACGCUGGGGAACAAAAACUGUGGUCCUCCUUUAGAAUGUUUUUCUUUGGUCCGAGACAGUGUGGGAGUAAAUAAAGAAAGUGUCCUAUAA